CUAAGCAGCCCACUGUAAUGAAUAUUUAUAAUUAGGGUGGAUAAAUACCCUGUGCAAAGCCCCCCGAGCUGCAGGAGCAGGAGAGAUCCGCUGUGAGUCCGAGCUGAUAAAGAAUUCCGGCUCUCUGGCACCUCCAGCUGUGCCAGGGAGUUCACUCCGGCCCAUUUCGUGUCCACAGUGGUUCCUGUGGCCUCUCCCCUCCAUGGCCCUCCUGGCUCUCACCCUGGCUCUGCUGCCAAUGACCGUGGCCACCACGGCCUAUGAGGUGAUACCCCUGGACAUGGCCCUGGACUCCUUCGAUGACCAGUACUGGGGCUGUGGCCCUGCCAUGAAGGCGGCACUGCCGGCCCUGAACCGCUCUGAGUUUCAGAAGAAUCCUCUCUUUGCCAAGGUCUGGCAAAAGGCCGUGGCUGAGUGGCAGAGUUGGGAGUCCCCUGUGUCCCCUCUGUCGUCCUCAUCCCAGGCCAUCGCCAUCAUGGCCUACACCAUGAAUGACCUGUACCAGGAGUUCAACGAUGAAGUGAGGAUGGCCGGGCGCUCCCCCCAGGCAUACCGGGACAAUUUCCACUUCAAAACUCUGCAUUUCCUGCUGACCGACGCCCUGGCCACGCUGAAGGUCAAGGAGGAACAAAAAUGUCGCUGUGUGUACCGGGGGGUAGACAAGUACAAGUUCAAGGCAAACGUUGGCGACAUCGUCCGGUUCGGUCAAUUCGCGUCGACGUCGGUUUGCGAAGAUGUCGCCCACGAUUUUGGGGAAACCACGGUGUUCGUGGUGCGAACGUGUUACGGCGCGUACAUCGAGCCAUUCUCCCACUUUGACGAUGAGGAGGAGGUGCUGAUCCCACCCUUUGAGAAGUUCAAGGUCACCGAAGUCAUCGAGGAGAAGAAGAAGGUGGAGAUCCACCUCGAGUCCAUCGGGACCUACAGCAAAUACAACUGCGAGUGGGUGAAUGGUGGGAGCAGCCACAUGGCCCCCUGCCACCUCGGAGGACUCCUCCUGGCCACCACAGUCCUGGCCAUGGCCACCGGGAUCCUCUGAGCCACGAAGCCACCAAGGUCAACGAGGUCACUGUGGUCAAUGCAGCCACCACGAUUACCAAGGCCACCAGGACACCCAGAGAAACGAGGUCACCAAGGCUACCUAGGCCACCACUGCCACUAUGGCCACCUUGGCCACCACGGCCUGCGUAAGGUCACUGUGGCCACCACUGACCCUGCUGCCACUGAAGCCACCACAGCUACCACAGCCACUGUAGCCACUGUGGCCACUGUGGCCACCGUGGCCACCAAUGCCAUUGUGCAAAGCAAUUCUACUAAACAAUUAUAUUACAUCAGCUGCAUCGAACAAUACUAUUAAAUUGUUCUGUCAAAAUAAUUCUAGUAAAUAUUUGUA